GCUGCUCACGGACACACGACGCUUGUGAGCGUGUGGCUCGGUGCCGUUAUUGGCAUCACUGAUGCUGGGUCAGAUUUAGGUUAGGUCAGUGCAUUCGUACUUGACGAGACGAAAUUGUUUAGGUUUUGUGCGAGGAAUAGUCUACGAUUCUCUCGCGGCUACUGUGCGAUUUCACUUCCAACCAACGAGUAAAGUGUUGCAGCAACAAGCAAAUCGAAAAUGGGUGAUAUAAAAUCUUUUUUCCACCAGUGGUGUGGAAAAAACUCAAAAGAGCCGCAAUUUGAUGUUCGUCCUACAGGUAAUAUGUAUGGACCGAAGCAUAAGCAACGGUUUCUUUGUGAACUGCGAGUACCCGGAUUUGACUAUGUCGGUGCGGGCAAUUCUACUAAUAAAAAGGACGCACAAGGCAACGCUGCUAAAGAUUAUGUUAAUUACUUGGUUCGCACGGGUCGUGUGAAUCCUGUCGAUGUACCGAAAGAAAGUUUGACUGUGCAAGCAAUAGCAUCGAAUGAUAGCAAUGCAAAUAUACCAAUGGCUCCGAUGCCAAUAAAAUCAGUAUAUCAAGGAGGCAUGGGACCGAAUGAUAUCGGUCAAGCUUAUAGGCCUUAUAGCGAACAUGGUCAAAGUAACUACACGUACAUGGACAGAUUGGCGGAUCAAAAGAAGGUGGAAGACGCUGAGGACGUUGAUGUGAACUCUGGCAUACAUGGGAACUGGACGAUAGAGAAUGCAAAAUCCAAACUCCACCAAUUUAUGCAAACUAACAAAAUUAACACCGAUUACAAAUAUACUCCGGUUGGUCCGGAUCAUACUAGGAGUUUCAUGGCAGAAAUGUCGAUUUAUGUCGCCCAACUUGGACGAAGUAUCACUGGGCGCGAAACUGGAUCAAACAAACAAACAGCUUCAAAAAGUUGCGCUUUGUCUAUCGUCCGCCAAUUGUAUCACUUGGGUGUUAUUGAAGCAUUUAGUGGUACAUUAAAGAAAAAUAAAGAUGCAGAACUGCUAAAAUCUUAUCCUGUUAAAAUAUCUCCAGAUUUGGAAAGUCAGAUCCACGAAGUUUUAGAGAAGUUGGAGAUAAAACCAGUUAAUAUUAGCAAGGCAAUGCCGCAAGUAAAAAUAGAAGGUAACCACCACAACUCAUCGAGUAUCGGUGGUAUAUCUUUGUUGACGAAUCAAGUCUUGGACGAUUUCAUAUCGUCUGUGCCACAGCCUGCUGGCGUUGUGAGCUGGUCACCACCUCAGCCAAAUUGGAAUCCGUGGACAGGAUGUAACAUCGACGAAGGACCUUUGGCGACGACGUCCUUGGAUCAAUUGUCGGAAAAUCUGAUGAACGAACAGCGAGUCAAGCUGCAGGACGAUUCCAGCCUGCAAGCGCGAAUCAAGGCAAGAUCGAGCUUGCCCGUUUUCAACAUGAAGAAGGAUAUUAUGAAUGCCAUCAACGACAACCCGAUUAUCAUCAUACGCGGCAACACGGGCUGUGGCAAAACUACACAAGUUUGUCAAUUUAUUCUGGACGAUUACCUCGCGUCCGGCCAAGGCGCCUAUUGCAGCAUAGUUGUCACUCAGCCUAGACGAAUCUCGGCCGUGUCGGUAGCCGACAGAGUUGCCGCAGAGAGAUGCGAGAGUUUGGGGCAAUCGGUUGGAUAUUCCGUUAGAUUCGAAUCCUGCUUGCCGAGGCCUUACGCCAGUGUAAUGUUCUGCACAGUCGGUGUACUUUUACGGAAAUUAGAGGGCGGUCUUAGAGGCGUGUCGCACGUUAUCGUCGAUGAGAUUCACGAGAGGGAUGUCAAUUCUGAUUUUAUCAUGGUGGUGCUUAGAGAUAUGAUCCACAUGUAUCCUGAUCUCAGACUUAUUCUUAUGUCGGCCACGAUCGACACCACGCUGUUCAGCGAUUACUUCAACAAAUGUCCUGUAAUAGAGAUACCUGGUAGAGCGUUUCCCGUGCAACAAUUCUUCUUGGAAGACUGUAUAGAACUGACCAAGUUCGUGCCGCCGAUCAUUUCGGGCAAACGUAAGUCCAAGGAAACAGACGACAUGCCGUUGGACACCGAGCCCGAGGAGAAUCUGAACAAGGUUGUCGAUAAUAAAUACUCAUUCCAAACGAAGAAUGCUAUGGCACAGUUAACGGAGAAGGAAAUAAGCUUCGAGCUGAUAGAGACGCUGUUGCAAUACAUAAAGGGACAGGAUAUCCCGGGCGCCGUGUUGAUCUUCCUCCCCGGCUGGAACUUGAUAUUUGCGCUGAUGAAACAUCUCCAGCAGCAUCCUAUCUUCGGCGGGUCGUCCUACUUCGUCAUCCCGCUGCACUCGCAAUUACCUAGAGAGGAUCAACGGAAAGUCUUUGAUCCUGUACCGUCUAGCGUGACGAAGAUCAUCCUGUCUACGAAUAUCGCGGAAACUUCGAUUACGAUUGACGAUAUCGUCUACGUCAUAGACUCUUGCAAAGCCAAAAUGAAGCUAUUCACGUCUCACAACAAUAUGACCAAUUACGCGACCGUUUGGGCCAGCAAGACGAAUCUAGAACAGCGCAAGGGUAGAGCGGGCCGUGUCAGGCCCGGCUUCUGCUUCCACCUUUGUUCGAGGGCCAGAUACAACAAGAUGGACGAACACAUGACGCCAGAGAUGUUCAGGACCCCUCUGCACGAACUGGCCUUGAGCAUCAAAUUAUUGAGAUUAGGCAACAUCGGGCAAUUCUUAUCGAAGGCAAUCGAGCCGCCUCCCAUCGACGCCGUGAUCGAAGCGGAAGUUAUGCUGAGAGAGAUGAAAUGCUUGGACAAGAACGACGAGUUAACGCCCCUCGGCAAGAUCCUGGCGCGUUUGCCGAUAGAACCACGUCUAGGUAAGAUGAUGAUUCUGGGAUGUAUGUUCCGCGUCGGCGAUGCGCUCUCGACGAUGGCCGCGAACAGCACCACCUUUCCCGAGGUGUACAAUAUGGGUCCCGACGUGAGGAGGCUGACCAUGCAGCAGAAGUGGUUCGCCGGCGCGAGGUACAGCGACCACGUCGCGAUGCUGCACGCUUUUCAAGCGUGGGAGGAGGCGAGAACGGGCGGCGAAUACGCGGAACAGAUGUUCUGCGAUACGAAGAAUCUGAGCUUGCCGACCUUGCGUAUAACGUGGGAGGCUAAGAAUCAGCUGCAAGCGCUGUUACAAAGCGCCGGUUUCCCCGAGGAGACUCUGUGCGCGGUACCGUUGAAUUAUCAAGCUGGCGCGGAUGUCCGGCUGGACACGAUCACCGCAUUGCUGUGCAUGGGUCUCUAUCCCAACGUGUGUUACCACAAGGAGAAGCGGAAGGUUCUCACUACGGAAUCGAAAGCCGCGUUGAUCCACAAGACAUCGGUGAACUGCAGCAACUACGAGCAGAACUUCCCCUUUCCGUUCUUCGUGUUCGGAGAAAAGAUUCGUACCAGAGCCGUGUCCUGCAAACAAAUGACCAUGGUGUCGCCUAUCCAUCUGUUAUUGUUCGGUUCGCGUAAAGUGGAGUACGUGGACGGCGUGAUAAGACUGGACAACUGGAUCAAUUUGGACAUGAAUCCCGAACACGCGGCAGCGAUCGUCGCUCUACGACCCGUUCUGGAGAGUCUCGUAGUAAGGGCGUCCAAGGAUCCGGAAACGAUCCUAGAAUUGAGCUCCAUCGAGGAGAAAGUGCUGAACGUGAUCAAGGCGUUGUGCAGUAUGAACGCAUGCCGUUACGAGUUGGAACAGAUAAGCAGCGGCGGUUUUCAGUUGCGCCGCCCUCCGCGACCGGAUUUUCAGUCUUCCAACUAUAACAAUCCUCCGAAAUUAAUGCGCGGGGAAGAUCAUUUCCGCAGUUCCUCAUUCAGUAGCAAUAAUUAUCGUGGGAACUUCGGUGGAUACAGAGGAGGACCAGGAGGCAGCGGCGGCGGUGGCGGCUAUAACAACAGAGGAUAUGGAAUGAGCGGCGGAGCACCGCGUGGUCGAGGAGGAGGCUAUCGAGACUAUGGUGGUGGAUUUCGCGGUGGACGUUACUAAUUGUUAAAUCCACACGUAGGAAAAGGAUUGGUUAAUAAGAACCUUACCGUAGUUACUGUACGCACGAUUUUUUUUUUAUUAGCCAUUUCUUUCUGCACACCUGAAUUCUUUUUCAAGAGGGAGAAAGAGAGAGAGAAUCGUACUUCAUUAUAAGUAAUUUAUAGCUGUUAUUGCUAGAAUUCGAAUUUUUAGGUCGUAAUUAUAUAAAUGUCAUUGAAUAUCAUAAUUAUCGUAUAUAAUUACAAUUUUCAUCAGAUAAAAGCAUCUUUUUUCAUUAUACUAGCAAUAUUGAGUCACUGUGCUAUCUAUGUGUCCUGAUAUAUAUGUCCUGAUAUUUAUUUAUCAGGGACCUCACUAGAAUUAACAUACAGCCCUAGGGCUUUAUACGAUUUUCAACCUUAGAAUAUAUAUAUGUCAAGUAUAUAUAUAUAUAUGUCAGAUUGAUGAUUGUAUAAAUAAUCAGUUAUAAUAUUAAACACGUAUAAUGGUUGGUGUA